UGGACAACUUAGGAAAAAAUGGCAUGAUUAUUUGAUAGAAAGAGGUGAGAGAUAUGUGGCUUUUCCAAAAGAUUUGUCUAUUCGUUGGAAUAGUACCUAUAAGUUAAUUGGAGUUUUCUUAGAUAUAAACAACAUUUUCCUGCUUUUAUGAAACAAUAUGAUAACUAUAUUAUAAACUCGGCUGAGAUCGACACCUGUGAAAAAAUUUGUAAUGCUUUGAUAUAUUUUAAUAAUGCAACUGAAACUUUUAGUCAUGUUUAUAAACCUACCUCAAACCUAUUUAUUCGUGAAGCUGUUAAUCUCGCCGGUGCUUUUUCAAAUUUUGAGAAUGCUGAUUAUGAGAGUUAUUUUGCUGGUUUUAUGAAGGAAAAGUUUUUAAAAUAUUAUUCACAUAUUCCGCAUAUUUAUGGUAUUGCAUUUGUUCUCGAUCCUCGUUUUAGACUUGGUUCUUUAGAAGAAUGUUUGAAUUAUUAUUAUGCUGCUUUUUUUGGUCCAUUGCCAAUGUAUGAGGACAACCCAAUUGAUCCGAAAAAAGAAUACAAUGAGGUUAGUGAUAUAUUUUAUGCAUUAUUCAAUGAGUUUCAUGCACAAUAUGGCAAUGCGCCCCCUCCCCCGACACAAACAUCAUCUAAAGGAAAAUCAAUUUUCAAAUCUACGUUUGCCAAUCUUAUUAAAAAAACAAAAUCAACUCCCGCUACACAACAAAGCACAAUUAAUGAGAUUUCGUUGUAUUUAACUUAUGAUGUUGAUUUUGAAGAAGAUGAUGAUUUUGACGUACUAAACUGGUGGAAGGGAAAAGAAAGAAUGUUCCCGGUUUUAGCAAAGAUGACUAAGCAAGUGCUAUCAAUGCCGGUUUCAACGGUUGUCGUGGAACAAGAAUUUAGUUCGGCCGACAAUGUUCUAACACAAUCCAGAACGAGGUUGAGCGCUGAAUCUCUUGAGAUGCUUAUAUGCUACCACGAUUGGUUGAAAGCAGCACGUAGAGCUCAAGAAAUUGACAUCACUCCAUCCCAACACUUUAUGGAUGAAUCUACAACAGAGGGUGGCUCUACCUAUGCCGGAGAUUCCGAUUAAAAACAAUUAUAGUUCCUAUUUAAUUUUCAAAUGUAG